AUGGCGAAAUCAAAACUUCGCAACCAGAAUACAAAUCCUUUCAAUCAAACUCAGUCACCACCACCAGCCUCUUCUUCACCAUCGUCUCGAGUCACAAAGUCAGGCCAGCACAAUAACAACAAGAACAAGAAUCACAGUAGCAACAACCACAGCAACAACCACGGCAGCAACAGCAACAACUACAACUAUAGCAACUACAGCAAAACCAAAAACAACAACGGCAGAAACAGCAGCAACAACAACAACCAAAGAGGCAACGGCAAAAAUAAUAGAAAUAACAGCAAUAGCAACAAGACCAAUAAACCACAGCCUUUGGAGGUGUUAAAGAAACUUGGAUUGAAUUCAGAAUCACCACAGGCGGGGCCAUCCAACCGUCCUCUCACAAAUGAUCAACGAACCAAGCCAUCCUUUAAAACCCCCCAGGUCAAGGUUCAGGAGCAAGCAAAAUCAAAACCGCCGCUACAGCGUGCACACACACCGAGAGUGAAGAAAUCUUAUGAGCAUGUGUCUGGGUUCGGGUUUGAGUCUAAAAAUAAAGAUCCAGCUCAGGGUCAGGCUCCAUUGCAAUCACAAUCCAGUUUCCAGUCACUUCCACCAUCACCACCGACAACAGUGGCCCCCCAAAGGGUCAGACCAGGCUCUGAACAUCACAGGAACAAGACCCGCGAAUCACCUAAUCAGGGCUUAGGUUUGGAGACGGGACGUAAACCAGCGUCACCAUCACGAUCAUAUCCCUCAUUACCGCAAAAUGUCGUGGGCCUCAAAAAUGUCACGCCAGACUCUGACCGUGACGACGGGGAAAUAACUGAUGACACAUCAUCAUUGGAUGAAGAAUCUGAAUCCAGAAGGACACAUGACCCAGUCUCAUCACGGCAAAGUGUCGUGAAUCUCGAAGAGCCCACGCCAGUUUCUGGCCAUGACAGCCAGCACAAAUCUCGUGGGGCAUCGCUAUCGAAUUCAAUAUCACAGUCACAAUCUUUCACUAUAUCACAAUCGGGACCGGGAUCGAUCUUGCCAUCACCAGCAUCGUCGGAAAGAACCCUAGGCCGCAAAGAAGCUACACCAGCUUCUCGCCCUGACUAUGAGCAAAAGACCCGUCGAUUGUUGACAUCAGAUAUUGACACUGAUUCUGAACCUCCGUCAGAAGCAGGACCAGACUCAGGGCCAGAACCGUCUUCACCAUCGUUCUCGCCAUGCCCUUCACGAUUCAAAUGGAAGAUGAGGAGAGCCUUAAAACGGAAAAGGUCAAAUACCCACAGUUCCUCCCGGCGCAAGGCAGUACCCCUUCCAGCACGCCCAUCACUGGUCACUUUGCGCGAGAUUGACACUGAACCUAUAUUGCCAACGGAACCUACGUGGUCUACCUUGUCACCGUUGCACAGGCCCACAUGUGCAGAGCCAGCAAGACAAAACUUCAGAAGUCUGCACCGGCGCGGCGCUUGCGAUUCGAAACAACCGCCAUCACCUUCCUCGUCACAAUUGGAUUCAAUGAUAGGACCCGAGUCUCCAUCCAAAUCAAUAGCUCCAUCUGAAUUCCUACCACAGGAAUCCGAAUCCGAAUCUCGAGAUCCGUCUCCAACUCCAUCAAUGACACCAGCGUCGUCUCCACCUGCACCUCUAUCUAUCCCACGAGUUGUGGUUCGAGAUAUUACUCCGUCUCCCCCACCUCAAUGCUGGAUACCAAGACUCCAAUGGAAAAACCAGAAAAACCAGAAAUCGUCAUUAAAACCAACCGCCUGGACCUCGCGUCUCCGGCCUAAAAGCUACAUCAGAGGCGGCGGAACCCCUCUUAUGAUAGACGGCAAUAAACAUCCACAUCUUUUCGCCGAAUUUCCGCCUGAAGCUCACAAUAAUCCCGAAUGGAGGUUCCCGGAUGCCACAGAUGAUGAUCGCGAGUUUGAGUCUGCAGAUGAAGAUUCCCAUAUUGAGUCUACAGAUGAUGAUUCCGAUAUUGAGCUUCCAACGACGAAGCGACCGAGACUGGGGCUAUCUACAAACUUAACAGGGCAAGAGGAGUCACCAGAACGGGGGGAGUCAUCAGAGCCAGGGUCGUCAGAUCCCGGGCAAUUUUCAGAAUCCGGACACGAGCCAGAGCUCUUGCAAUCUUCAGCGUCCGAGCAAUUGUUGGAUGCUGAGAAAUUAUGGGUCCCCGAGCAAACUUUGGAACCAGAGCAUGAACCAAAGCGCUUGCAGUCGUCAGAGCGUGAGCAAUUACCAGAGCACGAGCAGUCGGCAGAGCCCGAUCCAUUGCCCGAUCCAUUGCCCGAGCUUGGAAGAUCAUCUGAUUUUGACAGCGAACAACCGCGCACGCCUACUUCCAUCCGAGAUGAGUUACCAAUAAGACGGCUCCGCCGUCUUGACAAACAAAUUGAUGAGGCAGUUGUGAUAGACAAGGAAGAGAAUCCUACGUUCUGGGGUGGUUCGUGGAUGAAAGAAUAUACGAGAGGCCGAUUGAUAAAAGAGAGGGUUGAGAUGGAGUACAGGGAAAAGAUAAUGAGGGAGAAAGAAGAGGACGAGCAAAGAAAGGAAAUGCAAAAGCAGGAGAGGGAUAAAAAGAAAAAGGAGAGAGAAAGAAAAAGAAUUGAAGAGCAAAGGAUACAGGAGGAGAGGGAGGCACAGAAGCGAAAGGAAGAGGAGCAGGAGAGGCGGAAGCAAAAGGAGAUUCAAAUGAGGGAGGCGUUGGAGCGACGGAGGGAGCAGAAGAGAGAAAAGACGAGGGAAAUGCUGCAAAAGUCGUUAUCGGACGAUCAGAAGAGGUUAAUGGAGGAUCUUGGGGUCGAGAUUUAG